UGUCCACGCAUAGAACCGCCGGCAACUCACCGGAACCGGAAACGUUCAGGCUGUCCUUCCGGGCGGCACGUGGAGCCGGUGCUCAGAGAAACCGGACUCAGCAGGUUGAACCGGAGUCAGUCUGUGACCUGGAACUGGGGUAUCGAACCGGAUCGAGUGAUUUUCAGCUACAUGUGUUUUGGUCAACAUUACCAACAUGGAAUACAUGACAGAACCUGCUGCAAGCACGCAGGGACGUAUCCUCUGUUGCCAGUGUGGUAUUCCGAUCUCUCCAAAUCCUGCAAAUAUGUGUGUUGCCUGCUUGCGAGCACAAGUUGACAUCACAGAAGGAAUCCCAAAACAAGUAAAUGUUCAUUUCUGCAAGCAAUGUGAAAGAUAUCUUCAGCCACCAGGAACUUGGAUGCAGUGUGCAUUGGAAUCAAGAGAACUUCUAACUUUGUGCCUUAAGAAACUAAAAUCCCCCUUGACCAAAGUACGUCUAAUUGAUGCUGGCUUUAUUUGGACCGAGCCUCAUUCCAAGAGAUUAAAGGUGAAACUUACAGUUCAAAAGGAGGUAAUAAGUGGAACAAUCUUGCAGCAGGUUUUUGUGGUUGAUUUUGUCAUCCUGCCACAGAUGUGUGAUGAUUGUCACCGUGUUGAAGCUAAAGACUAUUGGAAAGCAGUUGUACAAGUCCGACAAAAGACUCCACACAAGAAAACGUUUUAUUACUUGGAACAAUUAAUCCUUAAACAUAAGUUACAUCAAAACACGCUUCGUGUCAAGGAAAUCCAUGAUGGUCUGGAUUUCUACUAUGGUUCCAAGCAACAUGCGCAGAAGAUGGUGGACUUUCUUCAGUGUACAGUUCCCUGCAAGUACAAGACAUCUCAACGUCUAAUCUCCCAUGAUGUCCACUCUAACAGUUACAAUUACAAAAGUACAUUCUCUGUGGAAAUUGUUCCUGUUUGUAAGGACAAUUUAGUAUGCUUGCCGUUACGAUUAGCACACAGCCUUGGAAACAUAAGCCAGAUUUGCGUGUGUGUUCGGGUGACUAGUACAAUACACCUCAUUGAUCCUAACAGCUUGCAGAUUGCUGAAAUUGAUGGGUCUACUUAUUGGCGCUACCCCUUUUACAGCCUCUGUCAGCCCGGACAGCUGGAGGAGUUUAUUGUAAUGGAUAUUGACAUCGUUGGAGACUGCAAUCGUGUUCCUGGUACGGGCACAAUAUCUACCAGACACACAUUGGCUGAGGUCUGGGUACAGAAAACAUCUGAGAUGGACACUAACCGACAGUACCAUUGCCGUACUCAUUUGGGGCAUUUGCUUAAUUACGGGGAUCUGGUGUUGGGAUUUGAUUUGGUUAAUUCAAACCUAAAUGAUGAGUGUGUGAACAAAAUGAAUCCUCAACGUGUUCCUGAUGUGGUAUUGAUUAAAAAGAGCUAUGAUCGGGGUAGGAGGCAACAUCGCAGGAACUGGAAGCUUAAAGAAUUGGACAAGGACCAUGAGGACAUGGGAACAGAUGAUGAAAGGCAAUACUUGGAAUUCCUUGAAGACCUUGAAGAUGAUGAUAUCAUUAGGAAGAAUGUCAAUAUUUAUCGUGAUUCGUCAAAAAUUCCAGUUGAAAGUGAUACUGAUGAUGAUGGGGCUCCUCGGAUCAGUUUAGCAGAGAUGUUGGAUGAUCUUCAUAUUUCUGUUGAUGCCACAGGGGGUGAGGGAGCAGAUAUGAUUGACUAACUGAAGAAAACCUUCCUGAUGUUAAGCAGUUUCAUUUGCUCAUAAUAAUGGUAACAUUAAAACAUUUUUUUGUCUCAUCUGGUGCUUUUACUUGGGUUCACUAUGCAUGAAGAUUUAACCUUUAAUCUACACUCUGAAACAUCAGAGCAUGGAUGUCAAGAACUGCUAAGUCUGGCCAGCAGUUAAUAUGCUCUUAUUAUGAAAAUAACAUUUAAUCUUGCAAUUAAUAGAAGUUGAGUAAAUAAAUUAAUUUCUAGAUAAUAACUUGCUCCCUGUUAGCCUAAUUCAAGUGAGAUACAAUAUAUACUUGCAAUUUAUAUCGUCCAGAUCAAUCUGGACAUUUAAUUUACAGGAAUGUUAUGCACACUUACACAUACAACCUUAUUUCUGCUGAACUUUUGAGACUUCCACUUAAAGCAUAUUUGCAAAAGCUUUUGUUCGUUACCAAGGAUUAAGUUAAGAUUUGUUUCUGUGUGCAAAGAUUUUAAGAUAAAGUUUCUAGAAUCUGAUUGCUACAAUAUGACAUACUAAAAAUUCUAUACAUAAUCUGUAUGGCAGAUUUGUUGAAUCAUAAAUGGUUUGAAUGUGGCGAAUUCCUAUUGAGAUUAAACCUUCUUAAAAUAAAAAAAAUUAAAGAAAUA